AUGGCGACAGCUGGCGCCCCCCUACCGGCGGUGGUCAUCGUCGGAGGUGGGCCAGUAGGCCUGCUCCUCGCUCUGUUGCUUGCUCAGAAAGGCAUACGAUCUGCCGUGCUGGAGAAGGACGAAGCAUUAAACAAGUCUCCCAGGGCGGUUGCUUUCUCUGGCCCAGUUCACCAUGUAUUCCAAGAAGUUGGAAUAUACGACACCAUACUGCAAGACGCUGCGCAGACGCCUGGCUUCUGCUGGCGCAAGCUUGCUGAGGACGAUGGUCAAGGAGGUAAAAGACUGGGCGAGAAAGUGGCUGAGUGGCGCCUCGGAGAGCCAAACGACUCCGGAAUCUACAACGCCGGAGAAUACGUCCUCCAGUAUCCGCAGGACAGAAUCGGCCAACUGCUUCUGGAUCGGGCUCUGGAGACAAGCCUAGUUACGUUUCACUUCGGGACGGAGCUGUAUGCCAUCGAUGAGAGCAAAGACGGGGUUCUAGCCCACGUGAGGUCAAAGGAAGGGAACCUGGAGUUUCGAGGACAGUAUAUCGUCGGGUGUGAUGGAGGUCGGUCGGUCGUUCGCCGGCUAAUGGGUGUCAAGAUGCUGGGUCACUCCUGGCCAGAGCGAUUCAUGACAACGGACAUUGUGCGCACGCCUCCUGUAGUCGAGGAGGUCAACAUCGACUACAUCGUCAACCCGGACUACUGGGCCAUAUCAACGCCUCUAGAGCGUGCAAGGCCAGGAAAGCGUGCACUAUGGCGCUACAGUAUGGCCAUCACCGACGACGACAUUCCUGACGAGGAGGUGAUCAAGCCCGAGUUUAUCAACCAGAUGCUAUUGAAGCAUGUGGAUGGGCCUCGACCGGCAGAUUUCGAGGUUCUGAGAGUGAACCUUUACCGGAUGCACCAACUUCUUGCGAGCACCAUGUUCCGCAACAGGUGCUUCCUUGCCGGCGACGCCGCCCACCUCACCAACCCGAUCGGCGGCCUGGGCCUCUGUACCGGGAUGCUGGACGCCGAUGCACUCGCGCAGACCUUGGACCUGGCGCUGAAUCGCUUCUCCUGCGAGCCAGAGGCUCAAGAGGAAUGCUUCACGGCCUACACCUCUGCGAGGCGUCGAGUCUUCCAGACUGUUGUUCAUCCCACAAGUUCUGCGGCCAAGACACGUCUUCAGUGUGGCAACCCUGACGAUAUAGCCAAGGAGGAUUGGUACAUGCGGACCUUGUGCAAGGGGAACAGAAGUGCUAUUGACCAACUUCAUGACGGCCUUAUCAAUCACUGGAGAACGAACAUGGCAGCUGAGUUGAUGGUCAGCAAGGAUCAAGGUCACAGUACAGUCCUAUCUUAG